GUAAUCGUAACAGUUCGACGCGGACCUUCUUUUCAUCUUGAUUGAACGAUUAAAACGCAUUUAGCCUCGUAUCUUGUCGAGACAGUGACGUUCGACGAAAUGUGCACUUGAUGAAUUGAUCGGUUUCGAGGGUUUAUUACACACCUUUUUCUACUACUUUGGAUAAUUUUAAUAAGUACAUCGAUUUUUAGUAAAUUAGGAAAUAUGCCACCUGUCCGAUGGAAAACCCUAUAUAUUCUUGCCUUGUCAUUUCAAAUAUGGAUAACAGUUGCUGCGGAAAGCAAUAUGCAGGAUCCAAUUACAAUGACUUCCGAUGGAUGGAGGCCCAUCGUAGGCAGUAGGCGACCAGCUCCUGGUUUUGUAUCCAAUCAUCAACCUCCAUCUAGUCAAAGAGUAGUAGAAGUAGAAAUAGUCAAAUCUGAAAAUCCCAUUACAAUAACGUCUACUUUCGUACCAGAAAAACAAGAAAUUGAACAGUCCACGAAGCCGUACAAUAAUUUAAAUGCAGGGCCGGCGCAAAAGACAGGCAACAAAGAUCCUCCUCACAGCAAAUUUUCUUCUCCCAAAUACCAAACGUUGCCUCCAAGUGCAGUUACUCUUGGAAGACCAUCAGAAUUCGGUCUCAGAAAACAUCCUUUAAAACCCCUCAAACCAAUGGGACAUCUAGGACCAGUUCAGAAAAGGAAACCAUUUAGAGGACAAUUGGGAGCGCAGAGUACCAGAAAUGAAGUUUAUGUCCUUCCUUCUGGAGCUAUUACCUUUCCAUUCAUCAAGCAUCAAGGCCCUAGCAAUAUCAGAACCAGAGAAACGCAAGGUUUAGGUUUAUUUGGAUCGAAUGGUCACUUCACAGUCAACCAGCCCACAGCACAUCUAGAAAUAAACCGAUUUCCACAACUAAACAACAACGUUUUUGAACAAUACAAAAGUCCCGGAUUAGCAUACAUCAUCCCGAAACUCAAAAAACAACCAGACGAAUACAGUAGAAACUUAGUUCCACCGCCUCCAAUAAGAGACUUAGCAGAAAAAGAAAAACUGAAGAACGCAAAUUCAAAACUCCCCACGAAAUUCAAGGACAAUUUGUCGACGAAGGUCUCAGAACCGCUGUUGGAAUACCAUGAACAAUUUGGUGCAAAGAGUCCGCAGAUUCAGGAAAAUUUGGUGCAAAUUCCAGUGGGAUUCGAUCCAAAUUAUGUGCUACAGAAACAGUUUAAACCUAAACCUCAGUCUGCUAUUGACGUGCAGGUGACUAAGGAAAACUUGAAAGUGUACCAUAAUAUAUUGCAAAAUAACUUUAAACCUAGUGCGGGAGAGUAUUUUGAUUACGAAUACCAUGGGAUCCCCAGUCCAGUACAGUUUCCAAAAUUGCAAACAUACGAAGUUACCGAGGGAAAAUGGGCAGACAACCCCAAUCCCUACACCUUCAAUUAUGCCAAGUUCCAGGAUCAAUCUCAAAAUUUUAGAGGCCAACCUAUCGGUCCUCCAGCACAAAAUCCGCAAAUCACAAACGAACCAAUAGUCGAACUCAAUCUCCCUCCCUUCCUGCCUACUCCUUACAAGCCCGAUCCAGCUUAUCCCACCUCUCCCACGCAAAGCGAAGCUUCUACGGUAUUCAAUCAAGUAAGCCAGAAAAUGAACAAGUUCAAGACUUCUGUUUUGGCAAACAAUCCUCUGUUCUUUGAUAUAAAAGAGGUGUCUACUCAUUAUCCGAUAUUGGGAAGGCCGGAGUUCAUACAGGAAACACAAACGGAUAGUCCGGCGAAAGAAAAUGAGAUUGUCAACGAGGUUACCACGCAGAUGGAGGAGUUGACAACGAGAAAGCGAAGGAGGAGACCACAACCAAGGAGACCCACUGCUCCAACGACCUCCACAACCACUACUACUGAAGAACCUCAACAAACUGUAGUGUAUGAAUCGCAAAAGACACAAGAAGAAUUAAGCCCCGAAACAGAAAGACCGCCAAAACGCCAGCGCCAACGACCGAAUAGGUAUAGACUUCCUAACUCUAGCACCACUAGCACUACAACUUCAGAGUACCAAGAGAGUCCAGUUCGUUAUAGAACCACUACACCGUCCAACGAAUACGAAGAAAAUAGUGGAGAAAAAAAAGUAAGAGGAAGGAAUAGGUACAGGCAACGAGGAAAAGAUCAGGCCGAUUACAGAACUAAGGAUCAGAACACAGAACAUAGAAAUAUACUCUAUCGUAAACGAACCAGACCCACCACUACAGAAAUGCCACCGAAUCACAAAUUAUCAGAAAAAGAUAAUUCCGAACAAGCAGACAACUCCAAUUUUGAAUCUAAAUAUUUCCAAAAUGUAGAAGUAGCCACCAGACCUCAAAGGAUAAUAGAAUACGAGGAUGGUAGCUUAAGUUUAAGCGAUGAAGACAUGAGCGACGUUAGUUAUGAAACUACGCCGGCUUAUAAUCAACUAGAAGAUAUUAGGGUUAAGUUGCAGGUUGGCAGUAGAGAUCAUUUAGCUACCACUAGUGCUCCUGAGGAAACCACAGUAGUCAUUAGCCCCGAAAACGAAUUAGAUCCCACUACUCUUUCUCCAAAGCCAGAAAGUGAUCAAGGUGAACCAACCCAAUCAACUCUAGCCACCACAAUUCCUACGACCACUUCAACAGAAGCUAAAACUACCACAUCUAGAUCUAGCAGAAUUAAAACCAGACCGACAUUGUUCAAAUCGAACAGACCAAGGUUCAGCGUAAAAGAUUACAGACAGAGAUUGACUCAACAGUCAUCAACUACACCUUCAACAACUACCGAUGUCGGUAGGAAUGCAUCCGAUGGAUCCAGAUUUAGAUUUCCAUCAAGGUUAAGAACCAGACCAACUUAUUCUACAACUGCCUCUCAACCACAACAAGAAGAAACAACCACUGAGCUGAUCGUAAGACGAAGGUUUAAACCAAAAGAACCAAGGCACUCAACAGAAGCUAACAAUAUUAUUUCAGAAACUAAUGUGAAGGCUGUCAAUACACGACUUAGACCUUUCGACAGAUAUAAAACCAGUACAGAACCUACGCCGAAAAACAAAGUGUCCAUCAAACCUGGGUUUUAUACGAACAGAAGACGCCCAACGUUUAGUAUGAAGACAAAAUUGGUGGAAAAAGAUAACCAAACCGAAGAUGUUACUACGAAAAUUGAUGAAGUAGAAGAAAUAUCAAAAAACGAACAGGAAUUAGAUAAAGAUGUAGAAGUAACUACUGUUUACCAGUCAAGUAGGCUUACCACAACAGAUGUAGCUCCCCUUACAACGAUGGAUAUAAGUGACGAUGAUUACUCUCAACGAAUUUCUGAUUUGACGUCUUCUUUUAAAACCGAAUACGACACCCCUGGGUUAUUUAAAUCGGUAGCUCCAAUCAGCAGAAGAGUGCCUAAUUAUUUUACCAUUUCUACAGAGGAUCCGAUUUUACCAAUCGAAGCGUUCUUCCCAGGAAUUAAAGAAAAGGAAAAAGAAAAGAAGUAGAUGACUGUUCCUGAAGGGCUUUGAAGUUCCAGUUUUUUAUAAUUCUUUACAAUGAGGGGUAACAUUUCAAUGCUCAAUGGCGAUAUUGAGACGUGAUGUCCAUCUGACAAGCUAUCAAAAGUGUUUUAAUCAAGUUUAUUUAAAAUAUGGUAUGUGAGAAAAAUUGUGUACACCUUAUUUUAUGAUUAUAGUGACAAAGGUCAUACAAAAUUUAGCUUGCUGGCGUUUUUCGUCACAGCUCCUUCAAUUGUUAUCUAAUCGGUGCCAGUAUUAAAGUAUCAUUGAUGGAACUCUCGUCUCAAUAGAGCUCUCUAGUGACAAAGCAAUUCCCAUUAGCCCUCAUUAAAACUCUGAAAAUAUGAUUAUUUUAUCUAGAUUUGGUAUACAUUUAUAUUUUUGUCUGGACUGGAAAAGUUAUUUAUUGAAUAACAAACAAAUAAAAGAACUUAUUGUGAUUCCUGUCUUAAUUCGCUGACUUGAAGUCAACUUUUUACACUAACAUAAAUUGUAGGUCAAUUUGUUCAAUUUAUUAUAUUUCAUUCGUUUGCCUAAACCAGCGAUUUAAUUUAAAGGUACCAUUUGGGAACGCCAGACCGAGACUGGAGACGGAGGCAAGCGACCGUGUAAGGCGACCGAAAUGUGUCUCUUACGUCUGAAUGUAAUUAAGUGAAGCACAUUUGAAACGGCAGUGUUUGCUGCCUUGCUUUCUGUCGUUGUCGCCUUGCAUCGGCCUCACGUUCCCAAUUUGUACCUUUAAGGCAGAUUCUCACUUGGCGCUCAGGUCACACUACUCACGGAUUUGAGGUAGUAUUCACAUAUUACACUCAACUGACGCUCAUUUUAAUAUUUUUAAUCAAUUUUAUGAAAAAAAUCGACACAUGAACAUAUUAUUAAUAAUUUAUUUAGCUGCAAUUGCAAUAUGUUUAUAUGAUGAAGAAGAACAACACAAAAACGUGGCAAGAUAGAGGAGAUCGGGGUAAAAUGACGAUACUAAGAGAAAAUGAAAAUACAAAGAAAAGUAAUACAUAUCAGUACAAACAUUUUCAUGACUUUGUGUAAAGUUAAUCUUAUCAAAACUAUAAAAAUAUAAAUUAAUUUUCUGCAAAUAACAAAAAAAGUAAAAAUGCAAUGUUUGUCAACUUACCCCAUACCCGGGAUAGGUUGCCGAACCUAUUAAGGUAUGCAAAAAAAUUACAACAGAAACUGCCAAAACCCCUCAUAGCUGCUGCAUGCUUCGUGCCACUAUGACAUACAAUGAGAACAUUGCAACCAAUUUUCAGAUAGUGGGUCGAUAUAUUCUUCAUUACAUGCAGGGUAAAAAUAUUGAAGUUCACUACUGGGACCUGCAAUAUCAGUAGCACUGGGAUGAUCAGAGCUGAGACCAGCAGUACUGGGACCAGAGGAACUGCGAUCUGCAAUAUAAGCAGCACUGGGCAAUGUUUUUCGAUGUUUUUGUCCUCUAUUUUCUUGAACUGUAGAUUUCUUCUGUACUUUCAUUUGUUUCUUUUCUUGUUAAAAUUUUUUUUGUUCUCUUUUUCUUCAAUCUGUCUUUGUUGUAACUUCUUUGAAGUUCCACUUAUAACAAAAGAUGACAAUAUUUUUCCGGGGUUUGAGGACCUUCCAGAUAUUACAAUUGGCCUAACUUUCCAAAUAGUAGGAAGGUGCUUAUUUGAAGUAUCUUUAUCUGAAAAAAGUUGACGUUUAUGUGUCUCUAUUUGACUUUUGGUUGAAGUUUUAAAUGUUUCAUUUGAUGUGAUCUGUUCAAGUGUAGUAAAAUAUUUUAUUUUUUUCGCCAACACCCUCAGAGGUACUUGAUUCUGUUCAUCAGAUGUCGACGAAUUCUUGUUUUUAUUAACGACCUGGCAUCGUCAUCAUCACCAUCAUUUAUCAAAAGGGAACCGUUCACAGGUUGUUCAUCAUGUUCAGUUGUUUUUGAAGUUACGAAAUCACUGUCAGCAAAAACCAGAGGGUUAAAAGGCUCAAUGCUACAAGCUCUGAAGCCGUUUACAGCAUUAUUUACAUUGGCCCUACAGUAAACUUCCCCUAACAAAGGUUCUAUAUUUUUGUAGGUUAUUGGAGUUACGGGAUGACUUAUUAAAAACGGAUCACACAUUUGAUUAUAAAAUGCCUUAAAAGGUCCGAAAAACGAAACGUCUAAUGGUUGUAAUCGGUGGGUUGUGUGAGGAGGAAAUCCUACAAGCAUAAUUCCAUUUUCUCGGCAGAAGUUGGUUCCAGAAAGGGAAAUAUGGGAACUGUGAUUAUCAACUAGUAACAUUACGGGAUCAUUAAUAGUGCACAAAGUGUUUUAAGUAGGCAAGAAAAGUUUCCGUCGUCAUCCAGCCUGAAGGUUGUGCCCUAACAUCUGAACCGGUAGGACAACCAAUUAAACACUCGGCAAAAUAUCAAAAAUGGAGGUACAUAUGACCCGACAACAUUCAUUGCACACACCAAAGUUGUAUUUUGACCUCUCUCAGCUGUCACUAUUUUAGCAACUGGUCGUUGUCCUGUUGGAGUGAUGAUUUUUGGUAGCUUCGUUGGCGCAGUUGAAAGACCAGAUUCGUCUGCGUUGUAGAUGCGGUCUGCUUUAAACUUGUAUUUGGUCCUUACCUCUUCCAGAAUUGUAAAAUUUUGACAGCGAUCUUAUUAAAUCCUUGAAGUUGCUUCAGGAUUUCUAAGACUCAACUUUUUACAUGCACUAAAAGAUUUGAACCAAGUCCCGGCUGCUUGUUUCCUUGUUGAACCUGUGUUUUAUAUUAUUCGCUUCAGUAUAUUGAUAUGCGAGUUUCCGAACUUGCGAGGAAGUUAAUCCAAGGCCUCGUUGGUUACAUUCUGUUAGGUAGAUAACAAAUUCUUUCAUCUGUUCAUCAUUAAAGGUUUUUUUAAAACGAAUUCAGCUCUCUAGGAACUCGUCACCUAGAGCAUCUCUUUGUAACGUAGGCUCAGGAAUAUCGUAAGUUAUUGCAACUGCGUUACAACUUAAAGAUCCUUCGCGUACUUCCCUCAUAGCUACUGCAAGGGAGUUUUCACUCCACUUCCACGAUUGGUUUUGCGCUUGUACAUCCGCGGCAUUCUGUAAAAGAAUACUAGCCUUAUUAUAAUGCUUGUGUACAUAGAGUAAGAUGAUGAAGUCGUAUGCUUGCUUGGGGUAAGAUGACGAGUUCGCCAUGUAAAGAGACAAAUGGCUAUAGCUCAAAACCGGUUUAUUUCAAUAUUUCAAAAUUAAGGCUAUUUUUCAACACAGUUAUGGAAUUGUCCCAUCUUUCUUGCAGCUUCCUAAUUCCCUUGGCGAAGAAUUCUUUCGAUUUACCCCGAAGCCACUUUUCCACCGCUUCCUUAACUUCCUCAUUGUUAGCAAAUCUUUUUCCACGUAAGGCGUCUUUGAGUGGUCCAAACAGGUAAAAAUCAGAUGGAGCGAGGUCGGCAUUGUAGGCAGGAUGAGGUAAGACCUCCCAACCCAAUUCUUGAAGCUUAUCACGGGUCAGCUGGGCUGUAUGAGGGCGGGCGUUAUCGUGCUGAAGAAUGACUCUUUUUGACAAGAGUCCACGGCAUUUGCUCCUGAUAGCUGGUCUAACCUUGUGUUCUAGCAUCUCAGAGUAGUAUUGGCUAUUGAUAGUUCACUGAUCUUCAAAAAAACGCAAUAUAAUGGACCCUGUCCCAAAAGAUGGUCAACAUCACUUUACCGGCGGAAGGUUGAACCUUGAAUUUUUUUUCGAACUGGAGAGCUAGUGUGUUUGCACUCCAUACUCUGCCUUUUGGUCUCAGAGUCGUAGUGAUGGAUCUAGACCUCGUAACUGGUCACUAUUCUUUCAAAAAAAGCGUCUCCUUCAAUCAGACAUCGUUGCUUUUAGUCUUGACUAAUGGAAAGUCUUGAUUCUUUAUGAGCGUCAGUAAGCUGACUGGCACACGUUUUUCUGUAUUUUAAAUUAUUCUGAAUGACAUCGUAAACAGUUCCAACACUUACUUGAACUUCCUCCACUAUCAUUUCAACAGUAAUUCUUCUGUUAUCACGAAUAAGUCCGUCAAUCCUCGAUUCCAACGAGGGACCAGAAACUUCCACUGGACGUCCACAUCGUUCACUUGUAAAAAUUCGCACGGUUCAUACAACUUUUAGCGUACUGUAUCAACAUGCUAGAAAACAUUUCACUUUAUUUUACACCUUCUGCGACUAAAAAUCUAAUGACUGAGCGCUGCUCUUUUAAGGUGCAAUCUUCUAGUGGACUUGCCAUGGUCAAUUGAAAAUGUUGAGGUUAUGUUGACAUAAAAUGAUGAAACAGCUGAUCAGAGCAUAUCCCAAGGUUGUCAACUAACACCCCUGAAAAGAUUGUACACAUUCAUUGAAUAGUUUUAAAAUUAUAUAAUGUGUCUCUUUACUUAUUGAAUGACCCUCGUACAACAAUUUUACUACUGCAAUACCUAUUGGUAAUUGUUGGUAAUACAUUUUAUUUGUUUACUUACCUGAGAAAGGCACAAAUCGUUAUUAAAAUUUAAAAAACAUUAAAGCCAUUUUAUAAAAACCGUUGUUGGCGUAUCACUGCUACAGUAAUGAGCAAGCCGGAUAACUGCGCAUCAAUUUUAAUGCGGAACAUUUGUACCUAGAUGACACCAGUAGUACCACUUCAAAAAUUAAUUCUGUUAUUUAAAUAUAGAAGUUCGUCAUCUUACCCCGUUCGUCAUCUUACCCCGUUCGUCAUCUUACCCCGAUCUCCCCUAUGUGUUCACGAUAUUUUAAAGGUACCAUUUGGCAACGCACGACAAGCGACGCGAGACCGAGACAGAAGUAAGGCGGCAAAUGUUGCCAUAGUAAAUCUGAUGUCGUCGGUCGCUUCUACCGAAAUGUGUUUCAUUUAAUUACAUGUGUUCAGACGUUAAGAGACCGUUUAGUGUCUCCCUUGCUGUCGCGGCGCGUUUUGAAGUCUGUCUCUGUCUCGACUUGCGAAAUAGUAGUUUGAGAAAAUGAAAAACCGAAGAAGAAUGGCCUUGUAGACGAUACAAUAUUUUCGUAUGACAAAACAUAUAUUUUUAACAAAAUUUCAGUAAAUUUGAUUAAGCAAAAUACUACAUUUCGGGAGGCAAUUGCACCGCUACAGAAUAGAGAAGUUGUCGCUAGUCUGUUUAUACACAUUGACGCAAAGGUCCACUCACGUUUCGUUCAAAAUAUCCGCAAGGAGGAAGACCGUGGUCAAAGAUCAUGAGCGUACUGUUAGCGAAACGCCAAAUAUGAACAUUUAAAUAGCAUGUCACAAUGGCUACGUUCAGCAGACGCAACGGUUUACUUAUUUUCUGCUGAACGACAACUUUUCUCAACGUUGCACGAAACAGUUGUCGGAUCAGUCGCUAUUUUUUGGAGCGCAUUUAAUUUAUGCUACCUUUCCAGUAAACAUGUUGCGUAUUCUGUUUUUGAGGUUAAGAGCAAUUUAAAAAUAGAUUAAAGACAAGAGUGCCGAUUUAAAACAUGUAGUCCGGUAAAAGGUCGAGAAACGCCGCACUUGACGAGACCACUUGUCCCCUACGUAUUUUUGGGCGCUGAUUACAAAAAUGAGGGUUAAAACUGGCAGCAAUGGUUGGAACACCCCUAAAAUUGCAAACAAUACCCCUAAAUAGGGGUGUUUUUCGACUGUACUUGUUGUUUUGCAAACUAAGUCAUCUUAUAUGUUUUUGGGGCGCUUAUUACGAAAAUCGGGAUUAAAACUUGAAGCAAUGGUUGAACCACCCCUUAAAUUGCAAAAAACACCCCUACAUAGGGGUGUUUUUCGACUGUACUUGUUGUUUUGCAAACUAACUAAUCUCAUAUGUUUUUUGGGGCGCUGAUUACAAAAAACGGGGUUAAAACUUGCAUCAAUGGUUGAACCACCCCUAUUCAGGGGUGUUUUUGCAAUUUUAGGGGUGGUUCAUUCACUGCUGCAAGUUUUAACCCUGAUUUUCGUAAUCGGCGCCCCAAAAAACAUAUGAGAUGAAUUAGUUUGCAAAACAACAAGUACAGUCGAAAAACACCCUUAUUUAUGGGUGUUUUUUGUAAUUUUAGGUGUGUUCCAACCAUUCCUGCCAGUUUUAUCCCUCAUUUUCGUAAUCAGCGCCCCAAAAUACGUAGGGGACAAGUGGUCUCGUCAAGAGCGGCGUUUCUCAACCUUUUACAGUAAUUUUAAAUGGACUAAUAGAAGUUCUAGAGUUAUCUGACCUAGAUCUCAAUCAAACUUUCAAAGUUCAGGUGACUGCUGAAGAAAAGCAUCUGGUAGUGAAUGAAGGUUCCGUCAAUUUUACAAUAAUAUAUUUAAAAUAUUAUUGUGAAAGGCGACCAUUAAAAUAUUGCCUUUUAUUGUGUCACUCAAUAUUUCUUUACAAUAAUUGCUUCUGCUAUUAUACACAGUACCCUUUUAUAUUUUACUUUUUAAAUUACACACGAUCUACAGAUAAAAUGGAUAAAUUAUCAAAUCAUUAAUUUGGAGUUUGGAGAUUAGUUGACUUUAAUUUUAAUAAAUGACAAAUGUCACUACAGUUUCUUGCUCAAAACGCAAAAAAUACUGUUCAGCAGACUUUAAAACCGUUGCAAAUUGAUUUGAAACAGAUUCCGAUCAUGUUUUCUGCUGAACGUAACCAAUAUUGCAUCGCGUGAGCCUGAGGGGAGUGUGACCGGAGCGUGACCUGAACUUCCAUGCAUACAACCUUACCACAGUUUAUUGCUAAAGAAUCAGGGAUACAAAUUUAGGAUGCGCAGAAGACUGCUGUUUGAAUAUAGUAGGCGGUUGUCAUAUAUUGUAUUGGUUAUAAUUUGAUUCUGUAUGCGCCAGGGAUACAAAUCCGAGUUGAGCAGUGUAUAAACUGGAACAUUAAGAUCAAAAGUGCCGACGCAGAGUGAGCGAACUGAUUCUUUAGCUAUAAACUGUGACCUUACAAACUGUUUCUCUCUCCAGUCUUCCUCUUCUUCUUCUUCUUCUUCUUCUCCCUUAUGUUGCUUAUUGUUUCUUGGUAUAAUUUAUUCCACUCGAGUGAAUGCUUUUGUUGUAUAUUUAUAUAAAUGCUCCUCUUUCUGUAGCAUGCCUGUGGUCAAAAAUAUGAUGUUACAUCAGAAGUAUUUUCUAUGAAAUCUCUGCUGACAUGAAGGAAUUAACAAGUUACCCAUAUCAUGCAUCAGAGCGGUAAAUAGACAUAAUUUUUGUAUAAUCUUCCUUUAUAAGGUUAAGAGGUGUUUCCUUAUUUAUAACUUCAUCUAAACAUAGAAAGAAUAUUUACGUUAUAUUUUUAUGAGUUUCCCUUAUGACUGUGAAUACAAAUAGUAAUAUUAAAUAAGAAUAAGUGUUACAAUCAGUUAUAAUUAUUAGUUAAUUUAGCUAAUUUAUAAGAUAUAAGAAAUUGAAUCGCUCACAAUUAAUUGAAUAGUAUUCACAUAUAUAAUCCUAAAAACAAUUUUGGAAUACAGUGUUAUUUUUAACAUCUCAUGUAACAGUGUGGCUUCUUAAAAAAAUCUAUGCAGUAAUAAUUCUUUAUGCCUUAGUUACUUCAUUCUAGAACCUUUGAUGUAAGAAAGACUGUGAUUGUAUAAUAUCUUUAGUUUUCACCGCUGCUUUCUAACUUAAGAUAAAUAAUUUAUUUUUUACUUUACUUCACCUGCCUCUUUUAUUUUCUAUGAUUGUAUCGAUUUUUUUAUUUUUGUCUUUCUCUUCUUCCAUUGUCCUUUUAAAAUCAAUCUUCAUUAUUCCUUGUUUCUACCAGUCCAAUUAUUGACUUUCUGUAUCAAGGUUGUCUUUAGUUUUCAUACAUUCAGAAUCUCUCCAUUCUUGUUCCACUUUAUCUUCUACUUAAUGUUCUUACUAGCUUACAAUAAUAUCACAUUUGUUGUAUUAUCUAAACCAAAGAUUGAGUUUUACUUCUUCACAUUCCUCUGUCACUUCAAAUACUCUGUAUUUUGCUUAUAAGAAUGGUUUAGAAUAGAUCUUGUAUACCAGUACAAUAAAAAUAAAUUACAAGGAAGAUUUAUUUAGGUUCAGCGAUUCAAUUUCUUACGUACAUCUUACCAAACUAUUUGUUGGAAGUUGCAAACAUUCAACUAUCAUUAUUAACUGAAGGGGUUAUAAUAAAAAACUGUAAUGUGCCAAUAAAUAGAAUCUUAUACUGAAAAAUGAUAAAACUCUUACAUUCUGUCAAGUUUUUUCUAUAUUUUACAUAAUUCUAUACCUUCAUCCACUCUAUUUAUCCAUUAUUUUAUUACUUCUUUCCCAUAACAUAUUUAUUUUCUCUGCUUCAUCUAUUAAUACUUUUCUAGUUUCGAUUCCAUCUCUUCACAAUUUUUUAUGACUACAUUUUUGUUUUCUCUAAAUUUAUAAUCUUUAUUAUUUGUUCAUUUUGUUUCAUAACAUCAUAUUUAUUUCUUCUUGUCUUACCCAACAUGGUAUAUCAUUUUCAUUGUAUUAGUCUCGCAUGUUUUCAGUUAAAGUUCAUUCAUGUUAUGCAAUCUUAUUGAUAAUCUUUAGUUAUACUUUACUAUUCUUAGAUGUAUCUUUUUUCUUUGGAAUGCUGUUCUAAACCAAACAACCUUUCCUUUCGUUUCGUUUAUUUCCUUAUCUCCGUUACUAUUUAAAAGAAUUUAAACUGUCCAUCUGUAAAUCUUACAUUUAAAAUUAUUUUAUUUCAACUUCACUAGCUUUUGACUAAUUUAUGGUGUUUAACAACUUUUGGUUAUAACCCCUUCGCUCUCAUCUAUAAAAAAAAAUUUAAUGACUUAAGAUGUUUUAUAUAGAUGUGUUCAAAACAAAGUACUUACUGCUUCUUUCUUGCAAUGAUUACUUUCUUUUGGAAAAUUAUAUUAGAAAGUUUACUGAUCUUACCUUAGAUUAUUCCUAUGUUAUAAUUUUAAUUUAUUAAAGAUAUUUAUUUGUUAAACAUUUUUGUAAUAUACCC